UUUGGUCCAUCAUCCGUAAUUUGUAGCGUACUCAAAUAAACGAGUUUCCUCGUUGGUUUCCAACCUUUCUAACCAAUUUGUAGCGUACUCAAAUAAACGAGUUUCCUCAUUGGUUUCCAACCAUGACUAGAGGUGGACAGGCAAUGACUAUAACGACUUUGCUCUUUAGGAGGAGUAAGGCCAUUACUCCCAAAAGAGUCGUGGUACGUUGCAUGAACAAGGUGGCUAGAUGGGACGAAUGUUAUGAUGAUGAACAUGAAGUACACUCAUUCGAUCAUAAAGUACAACCACAAGAUAACAAAUAUAAGGAAUAUGAUGAAGGCUAUUGGAUCCCACAUCCUCGUACAGGAAUAUAUUAUCCCAAAGGUCAUGAGUGGGUGAUGAAAGAUGUUCCUGAUGGUGCUGCUACAUUCGAUUACAAUUAUUGGUUCAGGAAUGGUGACGAUAAUGAAUAUGGAGUUUGAUUUCUUUGAUAACAUAUCUCGUUACAACGUUGGUCGCAAUAAAAUGCUAACGAAUAAUAUAUAUAAUUUGUUAGGAUAUAAUAAUAACAUGAAAUCUGACUGUAUGUGUGUCGAGACUAUUCACGUCAUGUAAGUUUCUGUAACAACUUAUUCUACCUUGUGGUUGUUGUU